AUUUCAGAACGAUUGUUUUUACGCUGCUAAUGUUGACUGGCAAACACAUCGGCUCUAUCGGUUUAGCCCGAUCGUGCCAUUGUUGUUUUGAACUGAACUUUAGCGUUAGCAGAGAAAGGCGAAGCAGAUAAGUAGCGUUAACAUGGCUAACAUCAACUAGCUAGCGUUAGUACCUAGGCCGCGACAACAUAGCUACCGUUACUCUAGCGGAUCUCUUCAGUUCAAAUGAAUUACGAUUUGAGCUGGACAGUAGCUAUAUGCUCAAUUAACGAAGAUAUGUUUGAUAGCGAAUGCACAUCGCUUAUUUAUUUGCGACAUUAAGCUAACUUGUUAGCUUUCGCUGAUCGGGUUGCAUUCAAUGAAACGCUACUGGGCGUGGAAAGGAUAAGACAGGAUUCCUAUGAAGGCGGAGACGACGAGGCGCUCGGACUUGGAGAUGUGUCCUAUCCAGACCCAGCUGUGCUUCUGCACCCAGUGCCUCUGGCGACCAACACAUCCAUGAGAACCACAGCUGAUCUAGAUGGAUGACCACGACACUCGACUUACACUUUCUCUGAGACAUAACUGUUAACGUCACAACGAUGUCUGUCUCCACGGUAUUGGCUAAGGCACUGUUCGACAACACUGCAGAGAGCCCGGAGGAGCUGGCUUUCCGGAAGGGUGACAUCCUGAUGGUUCUUGAUCAGGAGCAGACUGGUGGGCCGGGCUGGUGGCUCUGCUCCCUGCAUGGCAGACAGGGAAUUGCCCCUGCCAACCGCCUUCGACUCCUCCAGACAGCCCCACCCCCAGGCUCAGACCUCCGUCAUGGCUCUGUUGAAGACUCUGUUUACUUGUCCCCUGGUUCCCCGCUGGCCCGGACUGCUGUCAGCAGCAGUGCAGAGGACAUAGAUGGAGUGUAUCGCUCCCCGCCAGGCGUGGGUGAGGGACGAGGAGUUGGAGCCGCAUCAAGACCAGGGGAGCUCCGCAGAGUCGAGGGUGGGCGCCCGCGCUCGCAUUCCAGUUCUGGCACCCGUCCCAGACCUGACUGGGAUAUCGGAGUGGCGGGGCGUCCACGCUCACCGUCUCUGAGAGGACGAGGCACAGAAAUGACAGGAACACUUUAUCAGACUCCAGUAAGUCCCAUGCCUUCAGCAGCUCAGCAUGUCAGGCAGCCAGGAGCUCUUAUAGCUUCAGAAUCUGUGUACCUGUCCCCUACUGGAGUGCCAAGGGCAGCUGAUGAACCAGAGGACACUACAUAUCUAGUCCCUAGAGAAACACUAACAGCAGGACACUCUGACGACUGUUACUUGGUGCCCAAAGGUACACCACUUGCAGGUGACGAUGUUUACCAGUCUCCAACAGGAGGAGUGGCUAACGCUGUCUGCUCUAAUGGUCCCUCUACUGUUGGUGGAACACCUGGUACCCCCAGAGUGAAUCAGGACACACCUGGAAUGUACCAAACACCCACCCCUGUUGGAGCAAGCCUUCACAGGACUUCAGCCACAGUUUUGGCCCACCAGCACCCAUCUCAGUUGUCACCUGCCCAGGCAUCAUCCAGACCUCUGCUCAAGGGAGUUUCACCUACCCCUGCUGUUUCCAGGGGCAAACCUGGUAUGGCCUGUCACCGGGGGUCCCCUUUGCUGGUCAGAGCAGGACAGAUGAGGGUUCCCGGCUCACCAAACUUUGCUCGCAAACCUCCACCUCCAGCACCGCCAGUGAGGGGAGUCACUCGGAAAGAUGCACAACAAGCAGCACUGUCAUCGGCUGAUUGUAGCUCUGCACCCAAACCCACUGCUCAGGUCACUCCUGUAAGUCUGCAGCAAGAAGUGGCCAAGCAGAAUGGAACUCCUCAGAAUAAGGAAGAAAGGAUGAACAAUGGCACGGAGAAAAGCGGCAAUGUGCAGAAUAAAAAUGGAGAGAAUCAAGAUUACUCAGAUCCUGUGGAUGAUCAGGUGUAUGAUACCCCUCCCAGUGGCAGGUGGCAGCGUCCAGUCCCAUCCGCCCUUGGCGAUGAUGAUGGCAUCUAUGACACCCCUCGUAGUGUCCCACCACAGGUUGACUCUGAGACAGAGGUCUAUGAUGUCCCCACCAUCACACUGAAUGUGUCCACAUCAGAUGUCCAGACUGAUGAAGUUGAUGACGACGUGUACAGUGUCCCUACACUUCCAGGUGUGCCUCUGGGCACAGGGGAGGCCACCACCAGCCUCUCUGGGGAGGAUGUGGCCCUGGUUGGACAGGUCUACCGCGUUCCUGGACCUGAGAAACGGACCAGUGGUGGCGGUCAUGACAAGGACUCCUCUGAGCCUGACUGUGGCAUCUAUGACAUGCCUGCUUUGACUGUUGAAGUCCUCCCUCACUCUUUGUCAUCCUCCUCCACCUCUACUCGCCGCCUCUCUAUCUCUAGUAACGGUUCAGGUGACAUGCAGUGGAGGGCCUCACUCUCCAGCCUUGUCCACUCGGUGCUGAGCACAGUCUCCUGCUCGUCCUCUACUCUGUCGUCGCGGGACCUGGCCACUUCGUUGGCUGAAAUCCUGUCAACCUGGAAAGCCAGCCAUUCAGAUGAUCCUCCACCUCCUCUUCAGCAGGCGUGGGCUCGGCUGUCGGACCUCCUGCCGGCGCUCUCUGCUGUUGGCAACGCUCCUCCUUCUGAAGGGCUCUUGUUGCUGGUCCAGCGCUCUCUUGAGGAAAGUGUCCUCCUCUUGCAGGCUCAGGGCCGUCCCCGCCUGCCUUCCCAAGAAUCCCUGUCUCGCAGGCCGUUGCCCGCACUCCCGGUGCCUGACGGGAAGUCCUCAGGAAAUGGGAUGGGCUCCCGCAAAGGUAGCUGGAUCCAAGAAAGGCCACUGCCUCCAACCCCUCAGCCUUCCUUCCCCUUGCCUCCCACUCCAUCAACUGUGACACUGACAGUGGGCCCUGCUGAUGGAGAAGAUGACCCAAGCAAUGAGUAUGCAGGAAUUGGCUUGACUCCCAUUCCUGCUCCAGUACCUAGUGGAGACAGUGUUGGAUAUGUGAAACUACAGGGUAAACCAGAGCCACCUCCUGAUGCCCUGGCUGAGAAUGGACAAACACAAACUAUCACCGCAGAGCCGAGGUUGACCCCAUCCCCUGGUCUCCCGGUGUCCCUCUCCCUGGAGGACUCGGAGCUGCUAUCUUUUUACUCCUCUCAGAGCCUCGCUCACCUCUCUUGCCUGGCAGAUGCCAUCGAUGUGCUCUUCAGCAGCGUGCAGGGGAACCAACCUCCCCGCAUCUUUGUUGCCAGAGGGAAGAGUCUCAUUGUGACAGCACACAAGCUGGUGUUCAUCGGGGACACGCUCUCGCGCCUCCUCACCUCUGCCGACCUCCGGGCCAAGAUCACAACCUCGGGGGGACGACUCUGCCAGGCAUUGAAGUCAGUUGUCGUGGCAACAAAGGGCGCUGCACAAAACUACCCGUCAGUAUCUGCCACCCAGGAGAUGGUGGACCGCGUCGCUGAGCUUUCCCAGCAAGCAGCUGGCUUCUCCACUCUGCUCCAGCGUUUGGCAGAAAUAUCCUCAUGAUAUUUCAUAUCACUCACGUAAAAACAUUGUUUACACUACACAUAUAUUUUCUCUCUUUGAAAUGCCUUAUUUGUUGUUUGAUUCUUUCUUUACCUUUCAUUUGUAUGGGAUUGAAGCAAGCAAAGUUGAAUCCUGGCGUCGAGCCUUGCUGCAGCUGUUACUUAGCUGGGUUUUCACUGUGUUGGUUCUGUCUUCCAAGUGUGUUGGUUUGCCUUUGUUUAUAUACUGACCUCUGUGCUUUGACGCCAGGCACACCGUGUCUUUUUGAGUGUUAACUUAUUAAAUAUUUGAAGCCCUGCUGUGGCUUUGCGUGUCUGUGCGGAUUGCUUAUCUUGGGAGCUUUGCUUUAUUGUGUUGGUCAUAUUUCUUUCCCUCACUUGACAGCCAGUUUUCCUUCCUUUCUCUAUUUAUUUAGCCAUCCCUCCUAUUCCAAAAAUAGCACAGAAGGAGGCCUUACAUCCUGGUUCUGGCCUACUUUCUGACACCCAGAAGGCCUUUUGUGAUUAUCAUUCUGGAGCUCUUGAAGCAGCAUAUCGAGCGUUUGGGGCUUGAUGGGAUGAGGCGUGGAGUAGGAAGUUUGCCCGACUUCCAUUCUUAAUUUGUGCAAGUAUAUGUUGUGUUUGUGUAGUGCCCAUUUCCACAAGAAAGCAAAGAUUAACUGCAGUAAAGCAUGUAAUCCAUGGCAUGAGGAUUAUAUGAAACAUCUCUCAACACAUGGCCAGUUUACAAUCACGAUAAUAUGUGAGCAUUGAUGCAGUGACUGGCAGUGAAUAAUAAUAGUUGGAUGAGAAAUUGCUUAAUCUUGUUCUUUCCCACAGUCACAUGUUACCCUGACAGUGGGUAAGAAACCUGUUGACCAAGCUCACCUGUCUCCACACGUCUUAUUAUGGUGUACAUGCUCACGUCUCUUUCACUGUCUUUGCUUUUCAUGUUCAUUUCUCGUAAAAUGAAGACGCAUACCUGUUUUUCCAUCUCAGACCUCCAGAUUAAUAUCUGGCCUCUGUCAGUUUCAUUCAUACCAUUUAUCACAUGUAUAAUAAUAGAAACAUGCUCAGUAUUAAGUUCUUGUGGAAUCUAUACUAGACUGGAAGUUGAACAAACAUUUACAUGACAAAUCUUUAUUGUGUAAACACAUGAACAGCUUCAUCUUUGGGUGCUCUACAAAGUUUGAUUAUUAUACUCAACAGUGUUUGGAUCAAUCUUCUGUAUCAUUAGUCAUAUUGCUAAACAUGAUAUUCAAGUUUUUUUCUUUUAGAUCCAAAUCAGUAUCUUCAGGGCAUUUCAUAAUCAUUUUUACAGUUGUGUCAGUUGAAAUCGUUCUAACUUCCUGCUUUGACAUUUUAAUCUACUGCAGUGCCACCUUGUGGAGGUUUGAAGUAUUACUUAAUGAAUACCUGCCUGCCAAAACAGGCUCAAUAGUGUAUGUAUGAGAACAGCAUGAUCGGGAACUAACCUUGAGUUCAAUAUUUAUUAUUGUCAGUUCUUAUGUUCUUUGCUUUUCAGUUUGCAUGGCUUUAAUUUGCUUACAUCUUUAUAUGCAUCUCCUUCAGGAGGGGUGAUUUUCCUUGGUGAUUUACCGCGAACGAAAAUCUGUCUUUGUUUUUUUUUUUUUUUUCUGGAAAAAUAUGUCUAAGUUACAGUUCAAAGAUGGCUGUGUUUUCUAUUAUACAAGAGAGUUUUUUACACUACGUGAACUCAUUUGAGUCUGUUAUCCAUAUUUGAUGAGGUAUAAAAGUGAACGUUUCUCCUACAUUAUGCAGACCUAAAUCUCUUAACACUACAUUUGAUGUCUGUCUUGUAUUCCUCUUCAGAAUGCACAAAUACAUCUUUUGCAAUUAAA